CUUCUAAUCUAGCAGUUCGGUACGUUGAAAGUAAACCUCUUUCGUUUUCGUGGCUAUCGUGUGUCAGUGUUUAAUUAAUAGUUGCAUGAGCUAGUUCGGGCAUCGCAGAAAUCGUUUGUUGUUAAAUAAUACAUAUACACAACACUUCUCGAAUUAUUUUCUGCCGAGCACCUGACAACCAAAUCAUGAAACUUGCCAAAUUUCGCGUACGCAUUUCUCCGCUGGUGGUGCUGCUGGUUUGUAUAGAGGCACUCCAUGCGCGAUCCGUAUCCGACCGGAAGCGGGACUUUGAUUAUGACUUCGACGGUUCCAAUGCUGCUUCCUAUCAUGCUUCCAAAUCCGGAUACAGCGCCGGUAGUGGACUCCGCUCGAUCGCCCAAGGUUCGGCAGAUCAGGCCAACACAGCGGUUCACAACCAGGUAGCGGCCGCCAAACAGGCCUCCUAUAUUGCGCAAAGCACUCUGGCACAAGCUGCGUCGCAGGCUGCGGCCACUGCUCAAGCUGCCCUAGCGGGAAAGCAAGUUCUGCUACAAGGUCUGGAACAGCAAAACUUAGAAGCACAUCAGGCGCUGGAGAGUGAAAUCCAGCAGAUGCACCAGGCGAAAAAGGCAGCAAAAGCCGCUCAGUAUUCUGCGUCACAAGCUUUGAACCAUGUUCAGGUUUUGACUGCAGCGCUCAAUAAUGCACAGGUAGCAGCGGAGCAUGCCCAACAGGCGGCCAGCGAAGCCGCAUCCGAACUUGCUUCGCAAUCCCAAAUGGUGGGUACUGCUAAAGCCCGCGUUGAAGCAAUCGAAGAACAACUGAAAGCAGCUCAGGUGGACUACGAGGCAACUCAAGAGGCCGCACACAAGGCGGCCUUCUCAGCACAGGAAGCGCAGAAGAAUGCGGCUGAAGCGGCUGCCCAUGCUGCGGUACCGCAUCAACUGGAACCACAACAUCACCAAUUUCAGGCGAAGGUUUCCAAGCAGUCACACCAGCACGAGCAAGAGCACGAUGAUAUCAACAGCGGCGAAGUGAAUGUCGACGAAGGUCACAAUUUUGGAUAGAGGAAAACCGUUGCCAUUUAUAUAAGUUCGAAUCGUAAAUAUGUUAAAUCUAUGUUUUAGUAGAGAGAUGAAGUAAUGUUGCGUUUAUGGUAUAACGGAAGUUUUGACUUACCGGUUGAAAUGAAAGACUUGACUAUGUUUACGUUUGUUGAUAGUUUUUU